AUGGGGGACCCAUCGCAGGCUGCCGCCGCCGCGCCGCCUUCCCCCCCCGCCGACGAGCCCGUCGAUGCCGCAGCGGCGGAGGCCGCGGCGGUCGCGGAGGAGGUCAGGGCGGUGCAGGCCGCAGUGGAUGCCGACACGGGGGCGUUUGCAGGGGAGCGGCUGGAUGACAUGACCAACAUUGAUAUCAUCAGGUUGGUGACGGCGGAGGGGUGCCUGGGCGCAGCCGCGGGCGCGGCGCACGCCCCGGCCACGACGGUCACGUCCCUGCGGCACGACUACCGCUCCUACCCUGUUUUUGUGUCGAAAAUCCGUGCCCUCAUGGCGCGCUACGGUGGCAUCCGCCGCGUUCGCUCCGACGGCAACUGCUUCUUUCGCGCCACUGCUUUUGGCCUGCUGGAGUGGCUGCUCGUGAACGACGCCGACGCAGAGUGCCAAAAGUUCUUGCACACACUUGACGCGUGCAAGCAGCGGAUGGUGGGGGCGGGGUUCGACCCAAUGGUGUUCGAGGACGCCCUGGACAUGCUGGUCGGGCAGGUCAACGCGAUCUGCGUGGGCGCGGCCGUGCCCGGCCAGGGCGCCGACAUGGGCACCCUCCUGGCCAACUUCCGGGACGACACGGUCAGCAACAUGAUCGUCAUGCUCAUGCGGUUCGUCACCAGCGCGGAGAUCCAGGCGCGGCAGGAGCACUUUGCGCCCUUCGUGCUGGGUGUGGCGGACAUGGAUGUGCCGGACUUUUGCCGGCGCUUUGUGGAGCCAAUGGCUGAGGAGAGCGACCACCUGCACGCGCAGGCACUCUGCGACGCACUGCAGGUGCCCAUAACCAUAGUCUACUUGGACAGCCACGAGCGCGGCCUGGGCGGCGCCGGCGGCGGCGGCAGCGGCGGCGCAGAGUGCGAGGUGCACCGCUUCGAGCCCAGCCCAGACGGCGCCGGCGCUCUCGCGGCCGCAGCGGGCAGCGGCGGUGCCGGCGGCGCGGCGGGCGGGCGGAAGCCGAGCGUGCACUUGCUGUACCGCCCCGGGCACUACGAUGUGGCAUGCUGUGCCAAGUGGUAG